UCCGCUCCAGAACUGCUCCGUAAACACAAGCGCAAUCAUGUUCCGGUUCUUCGUCGUUGUCGCCAUGGCCGCAGUCGCCACUGAGGCUAGUGUUCUCGGAUACGAGGGUGCCGGGUACUCCGGACUUGCAGGCCACGGCUACGGAGGCUACGCUGGCUACGGAGGAUACCCUGGCUACGGUGGAUACGGCAACGCCGUGUCUCACGGAGCCGUUGUUGCCCCGGCCAUCGCCGUCGCUCCGGUUGCCGUCGCCAAGGUUGGAUACGGAGGAUACGGAGGAUACGGAGGAUACGGAGGAUACGGUGCUGGUUACGGCGCCGGUUACGAAGGUGCCCACGACAGCUACGCCUACCCAAAAUACUCCUACAACUACGGAGUCCACGACCCCCACACCGGUGACGUUAAGAGCCAAGAGGAGGUCCGAGACGGAGACGUAGUCAAGGGUUCCUACAGCCUGAACGAGCCCGACGGUACAGUUCGCGUUGUCGAGUACACCGCCGAUGACCACAACGGAUUCAACGCCGUCGUAAAGAAAAUCGGACACGCCGUCCACCCCGCCCCGACACCGGUUGUCAAGUACGUCGCGGCGCCAGCUCACUACGAUUCCGGAUACGGAUACAACAAGUACUACUAAACGUUAUCGGGGGCCGAUAACACCGACGCGAAUUUUGAACGGUUAAAACGAUCUACAUGUAAAUAAAUUAUUCCAGCCUUAAUGUAUCAAUGCGACAAUAAAAGAAAUGUUCUGUAUUCCAAUUAA